GACAUGGGCACAACUUAUUUUUAUAUUGAUGGCUAGAGAAACCUAACUCUCCCGUAAAAAGAAAUAUUUAACCGAGUUGUGUUAUUUUAGUUGUUUCCGGAGUUGAUUUUUCUAAAUUUUCAUAAUUAUUAUCUUUAAACCAUUUUAAAAAAUGGAUUACAUAAAUUAAAUGGGUCAUUCUUUCAAAUAGGCUAUUUUUUUAAGUUUUUUUUUCACAAAAUUACCCUAAGAAAGAUAAUGACUAAAAUAUAUUUUAUUAAAAGAGUAAAAGACUUUUAUAUCCGAGAUAAAUAAAUUAAAAAACAAAAAUAAUUUUUUUUAUAGUUUCGAAUUAUAUUUUUUCAAAUUUGAACUUUUUAUAAUUUUUUUUUCAAUUUUCUCUUUGAAAUUGGAAAAUUCUUUUUGAAACUAUUUUUUCAAAUUUUUGUUUUAAACUUUUAAUAUUUAUUUUGUAUUUUUACAAUUUUGAAAUCCACCCAAAAACUCCCUUGACUCUAAACCCUAAAAUUUAUAUUAGUUAACUAUAUUUGUUUUUAAUAAAAUAUGUUGGUCAUUUUGAUAGUUAGGAAUUAUAUUUGUGAGAAAUUUUUUUUUAUGAAUAUCUAAGGGAUUUCUCAAAUUAAAUUCCAUCAUUGCUUUUCUUUUCGUUUUUUUUUCUUUUUUGUACCUCAGUCGAUCCAUUAUUAUCAUCUCUUAAACCGCCUACUACGAUAAAAAAAGCAGACGUUGGGUCAAUAGCGUUUUGGCCGGGAAACACGAUAAACUACAGGGGUAAAAAAGACAUUUCGAUUAGCGUACGUAUGUACGCAGGGAUAAGAGAGAUACAACUCAACCACUCUGUUUAUUUAUAAGCCAAGAGAUAGAGAGAUAAGGGAACCAGAGGAGAGACAUAGCUUUGUAAAUCCCCAAGCCAAAGAAGAACACGAACAUUAUGUUGCCGUCAAGAAAAACCAAGAGAGAUUUCUACUCCGCCGGAGCCGGAGACUGCAUCUUUGCGCCGGUAAGGAAACGACGGCGAAGUGUUUCUUCUUCUCCCAUUUCUUCGGCGCCGGAAACUAAAGCAGGAUCCGAUUUGCUAGACUCAAUCCCAGAAGAUCUUGUUGUUUCUAUCCUUCGUAGACUUGCUUCCACAUCUCGAAGCCCCGCUGAUUUCAUCAACGUUUUGAUGACAUGUAAGAGAUUAAACAGUUUAGCUACGAGUCCUCUUGUUCUGUCGAGAUUGUCUCGAAAAGCGUUCGCCGUAAAAGCCCAAAAUUGGUCGGAAGCAGCUCACCGGUUUCUUAAACGCUGCGUCGACGCCGGAAAUCUCGAAGCUUGCUACACUCUCGGAAUGAUUCGGUUUUACUGUCUGCAAAACAGAAGAAACGGCGCGUCGCUGAUGGCAAAAGCAGCGAUCAGAUCACACGCGCCGUCGUUAUACUCUGUAGCCGUGAUCCAGUUCAACGGGAGCGGCGGUUCCAAGAACGACAAGGAUCUUCGAGCCGGUGUAGCUCUAUGCGCGCGUGCGGCUUUCUUAGGACACGUUGACGCGCUACGUGAGCUUGGUCACUGUCUCCAAGAUGGUUACGGUGUUCCACAGAAUGUCUCAGAAGGCCGGAGAUUCCUCGUUCAAGCCAACGCUCGUGAACUCGCCGCCGUUUUAUCUUCCGGAGUCAAAUCUCAUCGAUCGUGGCUCGCUUUAUCACAGCCUCAAAUCUCUAAUCCUAACCAAAGCCAUGGUUGUCCGUUGCUGAGCGAUUUUGGAUGCAAUGUGCCGGCGCCGGAAACACAUCCGGCGAAUAAGUUUUUAGCGGAUUGGUUCGCCGUUAGAGGCGUAGAUUCCCUCGGAGAUGGGUUGAGGUUGUGCUCUCACGGCGGAUGUGGACGGCCGGAGACGAGGAAACAUGAGUUCCGGAGGUGUUCUGUUUGUGGCGUUGUGAAUUACUGCUCACGCGCUUGUCAAGCACUUGAUUGGAAACUCCGACAUAAAGUGGAUUGUGUUCCGAUGGAACAAGAUGCAGCCUAUGACGGAGAAGGCAACGUUCAAAUUGACGGUGAUAACGUAUUGGUGGUGCCUUUGAGUUAACGGCUGCUUUAGUUAGACGCGAGAUGAGGUUGACGAAGCUCUUGUUAGUUUCGUUUUUUGGUUUAAUCAGUGGAAAGAUUAUGAUAAAAUAUUAUCAAUGGUUAGAUAAGAGCGUUGGAGUAAUUUUUGUAUUUUUAUCUUUUGUAAAUAUGAGUAACAGGGAAUGGCUACAAUGUUUUUUCUAUA